CUUGAUCCUGGGGUGCACCGCCUUUAAGGCACGGUCGAGGAUUUUUCCGCCUUGCGGGCCCUGCGGCGAGGCCUUGCCGAUGCCAUCAUUGAUUGAUGAGUUGACUCCACGUGCAUGACCUUGAAUAUAAACGGCUGGUGACAAAUUCAGACUUAAGAACGAUCUCCUUCUCUCCUAAACUCUCAAAUUCUCCUCGAUGGAGCUGUAUGCCUGCCAUGCGUAUAUUCCACUUGUGAUCCAAAGGGGGAAACUUUGUUGGGGCGCGGUUCAUGUGACUCUCUGAGCGCCAAAUGAGGCUAGAGACUGGGAUCAUCUAACAAUCCGCUUGAGACGAUAUCAUACGGGAUUUUCGGAAACGACUUGGCGACGAGAUGCGAUGGGUGCGCGCGCCUCCAGGCGUACCUCGCGAUUUGCCUCCGAGAUCCGGUUGGAGCGUCUACCAAGGUCCACCAACUCGCCCUGACUCCCAUCACAUCAUUCAUUUCGGCAUUCUGGACGCGAACGCGAAGUUGACAAUGACGCCCACGACAAGGCGCAUCUAUCUGUCUGCAUUCGAACGUUUGAAGUGCUUUCAAUCGUACGCCCCACUGGCAGAUGGGAGCCCCUCGUCCUCCUCUCCAUGUGACUCUCACCUGCGCGCGCUCUGCCAAACAGAGUAUCAGAGUCGCUCCUCAAGCUCACUUGCCGUUAUCCGAUCCAAUGCAAGCUCAAGAUUGGGCUUCUUCAGGGGACCUCGAGUUCACCGAAACAGUGAACAGAAGUCUAUUACAGUUUCACCUCGGAGAUGACAGCGAGGAUCUGUUUGCAGAGCAUCCGGAUUCUUGCAGGUAUUAGGCAUCACUGAUAUGUCAAAAUCGUGCUUCGAGAUCAAUUUCUCG